AUUACAAAAUUCAAAGAAGCAGCAGAAUAGCAAAACGGAGAAGCGCUGGUUUUUUGGAGGGAGUGAAUUAAAGCGGCACACACUUUCUGUCUCUUAUCGUCGUGGCCUUUGGCCGGCAUGUGCUCCUCCUCCUGACUCUCUUUCUCUCUCUUCACAUAAUGUUCGGAACCAGCUCAAGGUCCCAAAGAUCCUCCUCUUCCGUCUCGCCGUUCCGGUCUCGGAAGUCUCCGGCUCCGACUCCGCCGGUCAAACCUGCCGGCCGACCUUCAACCGCUUCCUCGACGACUUCUUCAAGACCGGCAUCUAAGCUCUCUGUUUCUCCGGCGACAUCGGCCAGUCCAAGCCCUCCGACCCAGGCCAUUGACCGGCCCGAUAUCUCCAAGGCCAAAGAGAAUGUCACCGUCACUGUCAGGUUCCGACCGCUCAGUGUACGGGAGAUUAACAAAGGGGACGAGAUAGCGUGGUACGCAGAUGGGGAUUAUACAGUGAGGAAUGAGUACAAUCCUUCUAUUGCCUAUGGGUUUGAUAGAGUGUUUGGUCCUGCGACAACAACACGCCAUGUUUAUGAUGUUGCUGCUCAGCAUGUUGUCAGUGGUGCCAUGCAAGGAAUUAAUGGUACUGUGUUUGCAUAUGGUGUCACUAGUAGUGGAAAGACUCAUACAAUGCAUGGGGAGCAGAAGUCACCUGGAGUCAUUCCAUUGGCUGUGAAGGAUGUCUUUGGAAUUAUACAAGAGACACCUGGACGGGAGUUUCUUCUUCGUGUUUCCUAUCUGGAAAUUUACAAUGAGGUCAUAAAUGAUUUGCUUGAUCCAGCAGGACAGAACCUACGAGUACGAGAGGAUGCUCAGGGAACUUAUGUUGAAGGAAUAAAAGAGGAGGUUGUUCUCUCACCUGCUCAUGCUCUUUCCUUGAUAGCAUCUGGAGAAGAGCACAGGCAUGUGGGUUCUAAUAAUUUCAACCUGCUUAGUAGUCGGAGCCACACUCUAUUCACCUUGACUAUUGAAAGCAGUCCACGUGGGGAAAAUCAUGAUGAAGAAGAUGUGAGCUUGUCCCAAUUGCAUUUAAUUGAUCUUGCAGGAUCUGAAAGUUCUAAAACUGAAACAACUGGAUUGAGGAGAAAAGAGGGUUCAUACAUCAAUAAAAGCUUACUCACUCUCGGAACUGUAAUUUCUAAACUAACUGAUGGGAAAGCAACACAUAUUCCUUAUCGGGAUUCCAAACUCACUCGUUUGUUGCAGUCAUCCCUUAGUGGCCAUGGGCGGAUUUCUCUUAUUUGCACUGUGACUCCUGCCUCUAGCAAUAGUGAGGAGACACACAACACGUUGAAGUUUGCACAUCGUAGUAAGCAUGUAGAAAUAAAGGCUUCUCAAAACAAGAUUAUGGAUGAGAAGUCCCUCAUAAAAAAGUACCAGAAGGAAAUUUCUAGUUUAAAGGAGGAGCUCCAUCAAUUAAAAUGUGGCAUGAUGGAGAAUCCAAAUAUUGCUGCAUCCACUCAGGAAGAUCUGGUUAAUUUGAAGCUCCAGCUGGAAGCUGGUCAGGUUAAACUACAAUCAAGAUUGGAAGAGGAGGAAGAAGCCAAGGCAGCUUUGAUGGGAAGAAUCCAGCGCUUGACUAAACUAAUACUGGUUUCUACAAAGAAUGCAAUGCCAGCCACUAUUUCUGAACGGCCUGGCCAUAGACGAAGGCAUUCUUUUGGGGAGGAUGAGCUAGCAUAUUUACAAGACAGAAAGCGGGAAUACAUGAUAGACGAUGAUGUCGGUAGCUGUGCUUCUGAGAUUUCAAUGGAAGCAAGAGAAGAUGCCACUAAUUUAGAAGAACUGGUUAAAGAUUAUAAAAGGAACCGAAGGCGUGGUGGUAUGCUUGGCUGGUUUAAAUUGAAAAAGCCUGAGAAUAUUGCUGGGUUAUCACUUAGUCCUGAUAGUGAGAGCUCUGCUAGUGGGUCACCUGCAUCUUGUUCAAAAUCUUCACAGAAUAGAGUCAUCCUCAAUGAUAUGAAGGAAGGAAGAAGAAAAUCGAGCAGUAGAAGGGGAGAUGAUCCUACUAUUGUUGAUUCAUUUCCUGAAAGAACACAAGCAGGUGAAUUGUUUAGUGCAGCUGUUGGAGGUCGCCAUCUGCCUCCGAGUGGGACCACCAUUACAGAUCAAAUGGAUCUUCUUCGUGAGCAAGUGAAAAUGUUAGCUGGAGAAGUGGCCUUGUGCACAAGUUCUAUGAAAAGACUUUCAGAGCUUGCAGCUAGCAACCCUGACGAUAUACAACUUAAGGAACAAAUGCAAAAGUUAAAGGAUGAAAUUAGUGAAAAGAAGCUUCAAAUACGUAUGCUGGAGCAACGCAUGAUUGGAUCCAUUGAGAUUACUCCACACGCAUCAAACAACAUCGAAUUGUCUCAGGUAGCUUUGUCCAAGCUUACUACCCUGCUAAAUGAAAAAACAUUUGAGCUCGAGAUUAAAUCUGCAGACAAUAGGAUACUUCAGGAGCAACUUCAGACAAAGGUAUCAGAGAAUGCUGAGAUGCAAGAAACAAUUCUUCUGCUAAGGCAGCAGCUAAAUUCAUUAUCGAAUAAAAGAUCAGUUACUGUAGAACAAAUUGCUGACAAUGAGACUACUCCAUUGAGUACAUGUUCUGAAGAGCCAUUGGAAAAGAAGAAUGAGGAGAAAAGUAGGAUUAGGAUUGUUUCAAGUGGAGAGACUUAUGCCGAUGAGCAUACACCAACAAGUGUCAUGAGCUUGAAUAGGGUAUUUUCCCUUGAUGAGUCCAAACAAUGCAACAAUAGUACAUUUUACAAUUCUCAAGUUUGUAUGCAGGCCACUGAACUGGAGGAUUUAAAACAAGAGCAUGUGAGACUGGCUGAAGAAAAGGAUGGGCUUGAAGUUCAUAACCGAAAGUUAGCAGAGGAAGCGUCAUAUGCCAAAGAGUUGGCUGCGGCUGCAGCACUUGAGCUCAGAAACUUGGCUGAAGAAGUCACAAAGCUUUCUUAUGAAAAUGCAAAGCUGACUGGUGAACUGGCAGCUAAAAAAGAUGUUCAUUGCAGAUCUUGUCAGAGGUCUGCUUUAUAUGAUUACAAACAAAAUAGUAUCAAUAAUGCUCGACCUGAUGGACGCUCUAAAAAGCCAGUGGAUGGAGCUUUGGUUGAAGAGUUGCAGAAGGAACUUAGUAUAAGAUACCAAAAAGAAGCUGCACUGGAAACACAAUUAUCUGAAAGAGAUCAAAUAGAAGGUGAUCUGAGAAGAAGGCUGGAUGAAGCAAAACAACAUGAGGAAGAUUUGGAAAAUGAGCUCGCAAAUAUGUGGGUUCUGGUUGCAAAGUUAAGAAAGUCGGGCAAUGGUGCUGAGGAUGUGUCACCUAUAGCGGGCCAUUUAUCAGAAAAUACACAUGCAAGAUUUAGAAAUAUAUUUCUGUCAUCUAAUGGCCACUCUAAUAUGUCCAACAGUGAUGAAAUCUACAAAAGCAUGGAUAAAUUGGGUGCAUUAGAUGAUUUAAAAGCUAGCUAUCAGAAAGAAAGGAGAAGAUGCAAAGAGCUAGAAAGCUAUAUAUCUAGAUUGAAGGGUGAAGAUAUUGCUGGUCUAGAUGCCACGGCUUUGGAGGAACUGCAGAAUCUUCAUGUGGAGGCUAUAACAAAGAUCUGCCAUGCAAAGUGUGCAAAUCUUUCGUUGUAGCAUGCGGAGAUUGACCAUCACAAAAAUACUCCUAACACAUGUAGUUCGGAACUCCAGGUUGUAAGCAAUUGUUGUAUUCUGUACAUUCAUUGGAAAUGGUAGCUGGUUUGAUUUUCUUUUUUCUUCCUCCCUCCUUUUUGGUGACUUUUGUAACAUUAUCUAUGGGAGAGACAUUUGAAGCGAAGCAAUUCACUCAAUGCAUAACUAAGCAGCAGAUCAGAGUAACCAAAAAGGCAUUGUGACACAUGAAUUUCCUAUAACAAAGCUUUGUAUUUCAUUUUAUGUGCAUGAGAUGUACUGGACUAAAUUUCUCAUCUGUAGAUUACAUAACUUAUGUAAGAGUUCUUGCAAACUUUCUAUUAACUAUUGAAUGUAUUUUUUGCUACAUAUAUAAUAGCACAAAGCUGUAUUUGCCUUUAUUGGUAUC